AUGGGGAGUGAACGCGGCCGGCCGGAGAUCCCACCGCCGGGGCGGAGCUCGAGCUCGAGCCGGGCCGCCACGAGCUCCACCGGGGAGGCUCCGCCGCCUGAGGGCAGGGGCAGGGGCAGGCGCCGGGCCAUGCGUGCGCGGCCGCCGGGGCAGGGACGGGCGGCCGCCCGCGCACGGAGCUUCGCCGCCAGGGAGCAGGGUCAGGCGCCGGAGGAGGACCUCGGCGCCGCGGAUCCGGUCGAGCUCGAUGCCGGCGAGGUCGAGGUGGUCCGGGGUCCCGCCGCUGGAGUGCCGGAGCAGAAGGCCAGAAGCCAUAGCGGUGGAGGAGCAUGCUGCUGGUGA